CGCGACCACCCCCUCUCUCUUUUCUCUACCCUCUCCUCGUUGCCGUGGCAGCUCUUCCCUCUCCUCCCCUCCUCCACGCCGCAACCAAAACCCUAAACCCUAGCAUCAGCUCCACCCCGCCGGCGCCGAGAUGGCGGACACGGUGCAGUACCGCCUCGAGCGGAUGUCCGAUGAGCUCGACGACCUCGAGCGCCGGGGCCUCUUCACCCGCGCCGAGCUCGCCGAGGUCGUGCGCCGCCGCCGCGACUUCGAGUUCCGCCUCCGCCGUCACUCCCCGCGCAAGGCCGACUUCCUCGACUACAUCGCCUACCUGCUCCGCGUCGACGCGCUCCGGGACCUGCGCAAGCGCGCCAUCAUACGCGCCACGCCUAACCCUACCCACUCCGACGAGGACAACGACACGAACGAGGAUGGCAAAAAGAGGAAGAAGAGGAAGAAGAAGUGGGCCAAGUCCAUCUCCGACUUCGCGGGAGUCCUCCGCGUCCUCGACGUCUACAGGAUGGCCACCGUCAGGUUCAAGGGCGACCUCGACCUCUGGUUCCGCUACCUCGAGUUCUGCCGCCAGAAGGGCCACGGCCGGAUGAAGCAGGUUAUGGCGCAAGCCAUUCGUUACCAUCCCAAGGUUCCUGGGCUUUGGAUGUAUGCAGCAGCGUGGGAAUUUGAUCAGAACUUGAAUGUUGCUGCAGCACGUGCACUUAUGCAGAGUGGUCUCAGAUCUUGUCCAGAAUCUGAAGAUAUGUGGAUUGAAUAUCUUCGUAUGGAGCUUACCUACCUUAACAAGCUUAAGGCUCGAAAGGUAGCUCUUGGGGAGGAUGUGAAGACACUGCAAAAAAGUAGUGAUGAUUCGGGUCAGUGGAAAGAGGAGAACAAAGGAUUGUUCAUGUCACUUGAUGAACAAGGUGACAGUCCCAAGGAGUCUGGCUUGGAGGAUGUUGCUUUGGAGGACAAGGAAGAUCUAUUUUGGCAGCAAGGAGUGUUAAUCAUUCGAACAAUUUAUCAUGGUGCUAUGGAAGCUCUUCCGUCAAGCUUAACCUUGAGGAAGAAAAUUUUGGAGAUAUUAAAUAGUGUUGAGCUGGCACAUUCUGAAGAGCUGAGGUUGGAGGUCAUGGAUGACCUGAAGAAAGAUUUCUCUCAUAAUGAGGACUACUGGGAUUGGCUCGCUAGGCUUCAGCUUAGUGACUCCAUUAAUUCCAGUACUUUGAAUAAAAAGGAAGCUGUAUUGAAUAAGCUUAACAAAUCAAUUCAGGUGUAUGAUGAAGCUGUCAGAAAGUUGCCUACUUCCAAAAUGUACUCCCUGUAUGCAAACUUCUGGUUGGGUGUUGUAUUCUCAGACAGAGAGGACUCCAUCUCAUUAUUCCAUGAUGCUGAUUUUGAUGCUUCAGAAUUUACUUCAGCUAUACUGAAAGUUUUUGAAAAUGCUGAAUCGUGUGGAUGUCUCUCCGAGGAUCUUGCCUGCCAAUAUGUCUCACUUUGUUUGAAACUAGGAAGGUCGGAGGAAGCACCUGAAAGAUUGGAGGAAGCUAAGAAUCUCGCAGAAAAGCUCUGCAGUGGUCCUCUUUCACAGGCUGCAAAUCUGUGGAACUUGAGAGCUUCUAUAGAGAUAAAGUCACUUGCUACUGCUACCGGCAGUGCUUCCUUUAGUGAGGAGAAUCUAAGUUCUCUGUUUGAUUUAUUUAAUAUUGUACUUCCGAAGUUAUCCAUAACCAAGGCCGAGGGACUCUGGCAUACGGCGAUGAAAUUGUUUUCUCAUGAAAAGAUAUAUUUCGAAAAGCUGGUGAAAUGUGCAAUGCUAUCAUUAAGUUCAGCUGGUGGGAGUGAUUGUGGAGCUUCAGUCUCUUCAGCUUUUGUCGGAUGGGUUUUGCAGAAAGAUGGUAUUAAGCAAGCUAGGAAAAUGUAUAAGAGAUUUUUGGCUUUACCGCGCCCCAGUCUUAAGUUCUUCCAGUUCUGCAUAGAGCUGGAAGCUAACCUUGCAGUCGGAAACAAUGAUGGCCUCGUAAACGCACGCAAGCUCUAUGAUUCAGCAAUCAGCAUCUAUCCACAAGAAAGGGAACUAUGGAGGAAGUACUACAAUAUGGAGUUGACGGUGGGAACAUCAGAAACAUCAAAUGCUAUCUACUGGCGUGCCCGCAAGGUGCUCAAUGACUCCACCGCGCUCGACGUUCCCCGUAGUUAGCAACCUGUCCCCAUGUGUACCAUGUAAUACCAUUUUUGAUUGUAUUGAUUUGUCUGUUGCUAUAGGCAUAUGUAAGUCAGAUUUGACAUAAGUUUUGGCUCUUCUUUUUUUGUCGGUCCGAAGAAUUUUAUGUGCUCGUGGGAUGAUCUGAGUAAACUGGAAUAGCUUGUGUUGUGAA